AUGUAUUCAGCAGCACAGACGGGAUAUCGCUUUGUCACGGACAAGUCACCCACCAAGAAGGACUUGAGAAUGGCGCUGAGGAAGCACGACCCUAUAGCCAACAAACAUGUUAUGUUCUAUGAGGGUAAAUUGGUACCUCAACCUAAGCAGUGGAAGAAUAAGGCUCGAGAUCGAUGGAACCGGCUGGUGGGUAGAGCGUUAGAGCCCCAAAUCAAAACAGCUAAAGGUCAGCUGCUGAGGAAGGAAGGUGUCCUAUGA